GUAACCUAAAAGCGGUUCUAAUGCGCUGGUUCGGGUUCGGCUUUAACGCCUUUGGACAGAUAUAUGUAGGUGGACGUGUUAACGACGACGACACCGCCAACGAAGUUAAAGUGAUAACGCCAAUAGAGUUGAAGGGUCAUGUUGACGGAAGCUGCCGUACGAAAAUAAGUGGGCUCGGAGCGAGUUGGAGUCGAAGAGCAACCCUUCACUCGAAUGGUACCCGCUGCCUGUCAGGUUUCAACGCGGCGAGUGGAAUUUGUGUGACAGGGUUCACCGACGCCGUUGUCGGGGAAUCUUUCUUAAUCCUCGCUUUUCCAGACCGAAUUGAGUCAUGGGACUUGGACAACGACAGGAAGACCCCGGUAUGGAGCAUGGAAGUCAAAACUCCAUCCGAUGGAACUGGUACGCCUCCGAAUCUGCCAUUAAUCCCCGAUGGUUACAUUGCCCUAAAACCACCCUUCUACCGGCCAUUAUCGCCGCACCUGAAAGCCACCAGGCUGGCACUGGGUGCAGAGCACAGCGUUCUCCUCAGUGCCUCUGGAACUGUGUACACCUGGGGACUGGGCAGUCAUGGUCAGUUAGGACAUGGUGGCCUCUUGCAUGAAGAGCAGCCCAGGGUAGUGGAGGCCCUCUGGGGCAUGACCAUGAGCUGCGUGGCUGCAGGAGGCUGGCACACUGUGUGCGUCAGUGAUGCAGGUGACAUGUAUGUGUGGGGUUGGAAUGAGAGUGGCCAGCUUGGACUUCCCUCACAUAUUGCAAGGAAGACAGAGCAUCAUCCAACUAGUCAAGAAAUAGCAGACUUGUCUUCAUAUAAAGAGAAACCCGAGGGAGAGAAGGACAAAGAAGUGUUUAUAUCGAUCCAGGCAUUCCCAGCACUGCUGGACGUCACUCCAUCAUGUGACAUUAAGAUGGUUGGCUGCGGUUCCCGACACACAGCUGCUGUGACAUCUGCAGGUGACCUCUACACAUGGGGAUGGGGUCAAUAUGGUCAGCUUGGAUACGAGACACCCUAUUCAGAUGAGCCGCGCCGUGUGGAGUUCUUCAGGGAACAACAGAUGCGUGUCGUCGAUGUGACUUGUGGGACGUGGAAUACCUUUGCUGCUGUAGUCAAGGAGGAAGUAGCUGCCUCUUAAAUAUUAUCGAAUCCCAUUGCGAUACAUGGGCUUUGCACUGUAUUGUACAAAAUGACAACUUUAAGUCUGAAAUUAAAUGCAUUUUGUAUAGACUCAAUAAAAAGCUUGAAUUAUU